AGAGAGAGAUGAGUUCCAAGAGGAUCGCGAACGCACCCCGACUUCCUGUCCACUGCUGCGCCCUGGCGCAGGUUCCGCGUUCCGCAAACUGCUGCGGUGGAAGUCAUGGUUAACACGUAGCCGGCGUUCGACGUGUCCUAGCCUCCCAAAGUUCAGGUGUGCAGCCAGCGGGAGACAUUUGAUAAUUUCGCUGCGCGCCGCUCUCGUACUCGCGCGCGCACCGGGGGGGGUACCGCACGGACGUUCACGAGGUGUGCACAUAUGGCGAACGCCACGUUGUGAGAGUAUCGAUAUAAUACGCGGAUAUACCGAGGUGUCGCACGUUUAACGCGCUCGUGGCUGUGGCGGACGCGGGUCAACGCGGGGAGAAAACAUGUUGCCCAACAAGUCGUCGUCGUCGUUGUCGCAACAGCAGCAGUCCCCGUCGUCCUCCUCGUCCUCGUCGUCCACGUCGUCGGCCAACGCGAAGGUCAUGUUCCCCGACAAGAGGUCGACGGCCAAGCAGCUCAAGUCCUCCACGCUGACGAACGCCGCCGGCCUGAGCUCCCUCAUCACCUUCACCGUACUCCUGCUCGCCUGGAUCUCGGGCUUCGCCUCGAGGCUCUUCGCUGUCAUACGCUUCGAGAGCAUCAUACACGAGUUCGAUCCCUGGUUCAAUUACCGAGCUACGGCGUACAUGGUGCAGCAUGGAUUCUACAAUUUUCUAAACUGGUUCGACGAGCGGGCCUGGUACCCGUUGGGCCGGAUCGUUGGCGGUACCGUCUAUCCCGGGCUCAUGAUAACAUCUGGAUCGAUACACUACAUCCUGCACUCUCUGAACAUACCAGUGCAUAUAAGAGACAUAUGUGUAUUCCUAGCUCCAAUUUUUAGUGGCCUUACUGCCAUAUCUACGUAUUUAUUAACGAAGGAAAUAUGGAGCGCCGGGGCCGGCCUGUUCGCCGCAUGUUUCAUCGCUAUUGUACCCGGCUACAUCUCGAGAUCCGUGGCCGGGAGUUACGACAAUGAGGGAAUCGCGAUCUUCGCGCUGCAGAUCACCUACUACCUUUGGGUCAAAUCGGUCAAGACCGGCUCGAUCUUCUGGGCGAGCGUGACCGCCCUGUCUUACUUCUACAUGGUAUCGGCGUGGGGAGGCUACGUGUUCAUCAUCAAUCUGAUACCACUCCAUGUGUUUGCCUUACUGAUUCUGAAUCGCUUCAGCAAUCGGUUGUUCACCAGUUACACUACGUUUUACGUUCUUGGACUCUUACUGAGUAUGCAGAUACCGUUCGUUGGUUUCCAACCGAUCAGGACGUCCGAGCAUAUGGCGGCGGGUGGCGUAUUCGGUCUGAUAAUCUUUGUAGCAGCUUUUAGAUAUUUAAGAACUGUACUUACUAAAUCCGAGAUGAAAUAUUUCGGUGGUAUGGUGGUGGCUGUUACAACUGCUCUUCUCCUGUUACUUUUGACCGUCUUAACGUACACCGGCGUCGUCGCCCCUUGGAGCGGUAGAUUCUACUCUUUAUGGGAUACCGGUUACGCCAAGAUACAUAUCCCCAUUAUAGCGUCUGUAUCGGAACAUCAGCCGACAACUUGGUUCAGCUUUUUCUUUGAUUUGCACUUUCUGAUCGCAUCCUUCCCGGUUGGUCUUUGGUACUGCAUUAUACAUCUCAAUGACGAGCGUGUCUUCGUUGUACUGUACGCCAUAAGUGCCGUUUACUUCGCCGGUGUGAUGGUGAGACUUAUGCUGACCCUGACCCCGGUGGUGUGUAUGCUGGCCGGAGUCGCUGUCAGCAGACUCGUGGAGCUGUUCCUCAAAGAGGAGGACAGGGACGAUCGCAACGGCAACGAGAGCAACGAGGAGAGCGAGGAGGAGAGGGAGAGGAGUCCCGGUAGGGCGUUGUACGACAAGGCCGGUAAGCUUCGUAGAAUGAAGCACGAGAGGUCGAAAGGCAACGGUGACGGACUGGGCCCGAAUCUCCGUAACGUCAUCGUUAUCGGCAUGCUGAUGCUGAUGAUGAUGUUCACCGUGCACUGCACGUGGGUGACCAGCAACGCCUACUCCAGUCCGUCUAUCGUCCUGGCGUCCUACAGCAACGACGGCGGCCGGGCUAUACUGGACGAUUUUCGAGAGGCUUACUAUUGGCUGGCCCAAAACACCGCCAAUGACGCCAGAGUUAUGAGCUGGUGGGAUUACGGAUACCAGAUUGCUGGUAUGGCAAACAGAACUACCCUUGUGGACAAUAAUACGUGGAAUAAUUCGCACAUAGCUCUGGUGGGUAAAGCGAUGAGCUCGAACGAAAGUGCUGCUUACGACAUCAUGACGUCCCUGGACGUGGACUACGUCCUGAUCAUCUUCGGCGGGAUGAUCGGAUACUCCGGUGACGAUAUCAACAAAUUCUUAUGGAUGGUCCGCAUCGCCGAGGGCGAGCAUCCCCAGGACAUCCGUGAGAGUGAUUACUUCACCGAGAGAGGGGAGUUCCGCGUGGACUCGGAAGGCUCCCCGACUCUACUGAACUCGCUGAUGUACAAGCUGAGUUACUACCGGUUCGGGGACGUUAAGAUGGACUAUCGGACGCCUUACGGAUACGAUCGCACACGUAACGCGGAAAUAGGCAAUAAGAACUUCCAGUUGACGUAUCUGGAGGAGGCUUACACCACUGAGCAUUGGCUUGUCAGGAUUUACAGGGUGAAGAAACCGAUGGAGUUUAACAGACCAAGAAUUCCGAUCUCCGAGCGAGUUAUUACGCGCCGCGCGAAUUCGUAUAUUAGCAAAAAGACCGCACGGCGCAAGCGAGGUUUCAUAAAAGGCCGACCGGUUGUUAUUAAAGGGCAGAAACCUCAACGACGAACAACGUAACGAAGAUUCGCUGACUAUUUCAUAAAACCGUUUGCAAAUACAACUUUUGUAAUAAAAGAAUUACCGUCCCUUGGGUCUUACCACAAACUAUACCUCGAACUAAGAAUUUAAUCGUCGUCAGAACAAUUCAACCGACUCGAAGAGUAGAAUAUUCAAAAAAAAAAAAAAAAAAAAC